AUGCCUUCAGAUAAUGAACAAGAAACUGGUGAUAUCAAUAGAAAAGAAAUCAAAAUAAAAGUUGAACGAUUCUGUGAACAAGCACAAAUCUAUCUAAAUCGAUUACCAGUACUUAAACGACAAUUAGAUGAAAUCAAUCGUUUAAAUCAAUUUGAUUUGUAUGUACAAAAAUUGAACGAAAUUGGAAAAAUUGUUCAAAAUUUACUUCAGAACAUUCUUAAUAUUGAACAAUUGCAUCAACAAUUGAAUGAUAAAGAUCGAGUAAAACUCGAUCGCCAAAUUCGCCUUUUACGUUCUGAGAUUGAUCGCGAAAUUUCAGAAUUUCAUAUACUUCGUGAACAAGCUAUGGCUUCUUCUAUGAAUAACAAUUUGACAUUAGCCGAUGAUACAACUCCUGUUACUGUUACUGAUAAUGAUAAUAAUAAUGAUAAUAUACGAGAAGAAAUCGUAUCAAAUCAGCUUCGUCAACGGCAUGUAACAGGAGCAGAUAGUUUAAAUGACUCAUACAAUGCACUGGAACAAGAUCUAAUACUUUUACAUGAAACUAUCGAGGAAGUUGCACAACUUGUUGCACAGCAAAAAGAAAAACUUUCGCAUACAGAACAAUUGAUCCAUAUGGCUCAUGAUCGAAUACAGGACGCAUCAACAUUAAUUCAAAGAGCAGUUCAUAGUAAAUAUGUCACAGUUGCAUCAGGUGCUUUACUCGGUGCUAGUCUUGGCGGACCUGUUGGAUUCAUGAUGGGUUUAAAAAUGGGCACAUUAGUAGCAUUGAGUGGCUCAGCUGUUGGUGCUCUUUCAGCAAACUUUUUACAACGACGAAUUAUGCGAAAUGAUGAGUCAGCUGAUACUACUACUUCUUAUAAUCAAGCUAUGCUUUGA